AUGCUAGCUAGCGGGCCGUCAGAACGCGCUGCCGAAGAAUGGACCACAAUUCCUCCGGAGUCGCAACAGCUAAAUCUGAUGCCAGAGGUGGUGUUGCGGUCCCAGUCUCGGUCUCGGCUGAUCCCAGACCAGCGUGGGUCCGUGUUCCUCCUGGUUCCGUCUUUCCGCUGGUCUUGGUGGGAGAGCGGACAGGGAGUCACAGCUGUUGAGUGA